UUUUGAUGGCGCCAAUCGUCAGCAGUUGGCUUCCUUUUUACUAUAGUAGUUCGAUGGCUGUCGGUGUUUUCCUGGUCAUUCUAAUUCUCCUUUUCCAGGGCAUGAAGUUAUUGCCUACUGGAAGAAAAAACUUCUUGUAUCUUACAUUAUAUGGAUCAGUGUUGGGGGCUGGAUCUUUUAUCCUACAUCAGUUCUCUGUGAUGGUGAACAUGAUUCUGGUCAAUUUUGGGCUGAGCGAGGACAUGUACAAUCCGGUUGCAGUACUCGUCUUUGUGGGAAUUGUCAUAGCGGGAGCUGCUUUAGGAUUCUGGACGGUGAGGAAAUUUGUGAUUUCAGCAGAUGGAGGUGUCGAUGCUAGUGUUGCCCAAUUUGUGAAAUGGGCAAUGCGUACUAUUGCCACUACAUUCAUUUUCCAG